AAUCGCUUUAUUAUUUAUGUCCAUGUGUCCAAUUAACUAGUUUAUAAAUUACUUAAUUUUAAAGCAUUUUUUAAAAAUAACAUGAUAUUAUUUAAUCUAUUAUAAAAAAAAAAAACAAAGUUAUUGUUUAAACCGUUGUAAAACAAUGACGCACAUUAACACAGUAACAUAGUGUUUAUUACAGAGAGCAGAGAAAUGGUGACUUUAAAGCAGCGGUGUCCAACCUUCUCCACAAAGGGCCGGUGUGUGGUGCAGGUUUUCAGUCCAGCCAAAGCAGAAGCCACACCAGAGUCUAGAGAUUAAACAGGUGGAGUCAGGUGUGGAGUCACCCACACCAGCCCUUUGUGGAGAAGGUUGGACACCGCUGCUCUACAGGAACCCUUGGGCUUGAACAUGAGACACGUGUUCAAUAGAACAAGAACUCCUAGUAAAAGAUGAUUUCUUUAGAUUACUGUAUAAAGUUUAUGGUGGCUUUUAGCCAUCCAACAAACAUGCCUAAAAAUCCAAGAACCAAAAAGUUCUUAUAUGCUGUGACACUGAAGAGGAAUUUCUAAACUCUUUAUUGUUAUAAUAAAAUCAUCAUGAUAUGAAUAAGUGCACACUACAGUAAGGGCCUUUUCUCCCAUGUGACCUAUUUAUUCAGUAAAAUGAUCUCUAGUGUGUAACAUUAGCACAGUGCUAACAGUGACAUGCUGAAAAGCAUGAAAUAGACCUGACCCCCAAACCUCCCAUACACACACACACACACACACACACACACACACACACACACACACACACACACACACACACACACACAGUAGGAGCUUCAGAGGCAGCGAGAUGGUGCCACAGCGUAUGUGUGUGACAGCAGGCCAGAACUCAAUGUGUGUUUCGGUUGUGUUGGAGCUGUUGGAGCAGCAGCAUUGUGUUUAUGCAGAGCUGAUGGAGCAGCAGGAACGCAGAGUCACCGCUCUGAUAAAGAGAAUGGUGGAGAUGAGCUCAGCACGGCUGACAAAGGAACUCCAUGACCUCAAGGUUGGACUGCAGAGGGUUCAUGCUGAUGUCUCCGUCCUCCGCCGACACACUGCUCUCACCGCACACUGCAUGGACAACCUGAGACAUGGAUUGAUGAAGGACACGAGGAUAGAGAGCAAGAAUGGUGGAGACAUGGACAGGGAGACAGCAGGCAGGAAGGAUAAAGAUGGAGGCAUGGAGACAGCACAGAUGACAAAAUUGGAGAUGUUGGCCAAUGAACCAAAGACUAAGAAACUGGUAGCAGAUCUGUCUAACAUCCAACGUCACGAUAUAAAGGCUGACCAACUAACAGAGGAACAGAUUACUGGUAAAAAAAUGGAGGCGUUCAUGUUGUUUGAUAAAAAUGGAGACGGUUCUAUCAGCACUGCAGAGCUGGGUUCAGUGAUGCGUUCUCUGGGACAAAAUCCCACAGACACUGAACUGUACGAAAUAAUCAGAGAAGUGGAUGCUGACGGUAAUGGGACAAUUGACUUCUCUGAGUUUAUCAAUUUGAUGGUGCAGAAGAUGAAGGAUACAGGUGUUGAGGAUGAGAUCCAUCAGGCCUUCAAAGUGUUUGAUAAGGAUGGAAAUGGCUUCAUCACCGGAGCAGAGCUGUGUGUUGUCAUGACAAAUCUUGGUGAGGAAGUUACAGGUGAGGAGGUGGAUGAAAUGAUCAAAGAAGCAGAUAAGGAUGGAGACGGACAGGUCAACUACCAAGAGUUUGUACAGAUGAUGAAGGCUCAGUGA